AUGGCAAACAACAUCGAAGUCUAUGGUGCCUACGCCAGGGCGCAUCAUCAGACCUGCAAGUUACAUGGCAUCGAUAGAAUGACAAAGUGCUCUGGAAUCACGAGGCGGGGUGGAAUCUGCGCCAAUAAGGCUACAACCCCUUCAACACCUAGUGUAAUCCCUACAUGUCGAAUUCAUCGAGAUCAACGGAAGCAAUACAACGAGCAUGCUCUCAUGGCAAGACAGCUUCAAAAUAUCAGCAAUGGAGAAUUCGUUUCAAAUGUCAUAUCAACCCCCGCGGGUUCAUACAGACCCGUCGAGCCCGUCUGGGAUCCGCCAAUCAACGAGAGGUAUUUCACAAUGAUUCGGUCUUUCCGGGUCGAACUGAUGUUUCAUCAUCCCAUCAAUUAUACUCGUUGUCAGCCUCCAGGGUCGUCAGCGUCGGAUACUGAGAAGCGAAAAGCUCUCGAACUGAGACUUGCCGAGUAUUGCGAUAAGCUGCACAAAUUGGUCGGGAGGUUCAAGCGAAGGCCCAUUGCUCACUUGGAAAUUGCCAUGAAGUUUUCGAAUGCAUACGUCGAGUUAGCCAGCUUCCCGACGCCCUUGGAGAACCAUGAAAUGGAAUUCCUGUUCCCAAAUCGAGUUUCCUCUGCAGCAAUUAGGGGCUUUGCCAACUACCUUAAAUGCUGGUCCAAGGAUCUGUCUAGCCCGCAACCAUCGUCCAAAUGCAACCAGUUACUGGAGAUUUACUGGAGGCUAGAGAGCCUUCUGGCCAGUAUAACGGAGCACUGUAACCUUGACCAGAGAUUCUUUCAAUUCGGACCUCUACUCCAGGCCGCGAGAAUUGCAAGAGAGGCUAGCAACCUUGAAUAUUUCAAAAAGAGCUGGGAUCGGGUAGUUGCUAUCUGGUUGGAGCGUCUGGACGACCAGAAAGUCUUCCGAUCUAAUGUGACACGAUCAAUUAAUGUCAUUAGUAGUAUAAUCCAGAAGGGUCCUUGA